AUGACUACCGCACAUAGACCUACCUUCGACCCAGCAGUGGGAAAAGAAGCACAACGAGGCCCGGCCUACCAUCAAAGAUUACUUCCAGCUCACACACAACUGAAAUUCCGAAAGCCAGGACAGGGAGGCGAUGCAGCAGCCGAAGUCAGAGACCUCCGAGCAGAAUUAUUACAAGCAGAAGCAGCGCAUUUCGCUAAAAAGAAUGGCGGGUCAAGCGCUGCAAUCGAAGAUGUACAGUCAUCUACAAACACAUCUAAAAGACAACUCGAGAAUGGCUCCGUGGAGGACGAUGAAGACACAGAAGCAAAGAGGCGGCGCAUUCUGGAAGAAACUCGAGAUAUAGAUGCCGACUCAGACGAUGCUGGAGAGAGUGAUAGUAGUGAUGAUGACAGUGACGACGACGAAGACGAGACUGCGGAGCUUCAACGGGAACUUGAAAAGAUUAAGCGCGAGCGUGCCGAGAAACGAGAACAAGAGGAACGAGAAAGACUAGCGGCUGAAGAAGCGGAGCGAGAGCAUGAUAUCGCUCUUGGCAACCCAUUGUUAAAUGCCAAAUCUGACUUCAAUGUUAAAAGGCGAUGGGACGAUGAUGUCAUUUUCAAAAAUCAAGCUCGUGGAACCGAAGAUAAAGGGAAAAAAGAAUUCGUCAAUGACUUGCUACGAUCCGAUUUCCAUAAGAAGUUUAUGAGCAAAUACGUGAGAUGA